CAUUUCUCAAACAUUUCUUCUAAGCUUCACAGCCUUCAUUUCAUUACUACGUAAACCCAAACUUAUAGCUUCCUCUUGACGGGAACUUCUACUUCAGGCAAAUAUGGCAGACGGAACCAACGAUGUCAACAUGCGAAUCACAGUCGCCGAUAACGGAACAAAAGAUGUCAUCCUCCAAAUCUCAGACGCCGAACAACCACAACUGAAUGAUACUGAGGUAGAAGAAAGCAAAGUUAACGGUAACAAGUGGGAAAAGUUCAUCAUCAUUACGGAGUCAAUUGCAUUUGUGUGCGUUAUGGGGCUUUUAAUUGCCAGCUUGACGGCGGAUAGAUUGCAGAAUUCUAAGAUUUGGGAUGUGAAAAUAUGGAAAUGGUGUUUGUUACUGCUGGCUAUUCUCUGUGGUAGGUUGUUUGCUUACAUGUUUACAUAUGUUCUGAUAUCCUUGAUUCGGAGGUCUGGGCUUGUUGAGAGUGUUAUUUAUUGUGUUUAUGGAGUGAAGAAGAGCAUUAUGUUCUUCAUUUGGUUAGGUUUGGUUACUCUAGCUUGGGGUUUGUUGUUUGAUCUUGGGGUUAAUCGAAACAAGGAUUCUACCCAUAUUGUACAUAAAAUCACCAGAGGUCUUGGUGGUUGUCUAAUUGGAGCUGCUAUAUGGCUACUGAAAUCUAUUUUAGUUUGGUCGAUAGGUUCUGUCCAUGCCAAGAAAUUGUUUUCCAGGAUUAAAGAAGCGAAAUGUUUUCGGAAUAUUCUAAGAGUUCUUUCAGUGAGAUGUGAUUCUGGGUCGCAGGAAGUUGAGAAGGUUCAGGCCGAGAUUAUGGAAGAUUCCAUAGAUCUAAUUCGAGGACAUAGGCUUCGUCCUCUCUCCUAUAAGGACAAUGGAAUAGAUGAAAAAAUCACUGAUGAGGAUGGAGCAUACGAAGCUGCCUAUAAGAUUUUCGACACAUUACGGCCUGGAAAUGAUUCUGGAAGGUUUGAAUAUCCAGUUAUUUGGUCUGUGCACUUGAAACGCCAAGUCAGUAGUACAGAUAUUCAGCAUUUGCAAGGGGAAUUCAACACAGAUCUGGAUAAACCGAUGAGUAGAUCAGAGUUCAGGGACUGGGUGGUUGACAAUUUCAACAACUAUGAAAUGCUGAAAAGCAUCUUAGAACAUAAAAAAACCGCUAUUGACGAGUUGAACGUGAUUGCUUCUCUGAUGGUGGUGAUUGUAAUCAUUAUUGUAUGGUUACUUUUCAUGGGAUUUUUAACAACCAAAGUACUCGUCUUCAUAUCAUCCCAAAUUUUGCUGAUUGCUUUUGUAUUUGGUAACUCUGCCAAGAAUGUUUUUGAAGCUGUGAUUUUUGUAUUUGUGGUCCACCUCUUUGAUGUUGGCGAUCGUUGUAUUAUUGAUGGAACAACGAUGACUGUUGAUGAGAUGACUAUAAUGACUACAAAGUUUAAAAGAGAUGAUGAUGGAGAGUUGAUAUGCUAUCCGAAUGCAGUUUUAGCUACAACACCAAUCAAGAUGCUUUACAAGAUUCCUCAAAAGAGCGACUGUUUGGAAUUCGGUAUUGAUGUUAGUACCCCACAAUCUGCCUUCGAACGACUGCAACAUCGCAUAAAAAGGUAUUUGCAGGAAAAUCCUAGGCGGUGGCAACCUGAACACAGCAUACAGGUCAUGGCGAUUGACGAUAAUAAGAUGACGGUAGCUCUUCAUGUUAAUCAUACCAUAAACUAUCGUCAUAGGAAGAAGAGGGCCAAGCGAAGAUCAGAUCUAUUGCUAGAGAUGAGGCACAUUUUUCAAGACCUUGGCAUUCAAUAUAAUCUUCCGCGUCAACGAGUUCAUCUAUUCUUUGAAGGUGGAAAUGCUUUCUUUGAAGGUGGAAAUGCAUUAACUCCAUUAUCUGUGUUUCAAUAA